AUUUUCUGUGGCGUACAAAGGCUACAAAACCGAGGCUGAGCAAGGCGCAUUUCAUCCCUUGCUUCCUCACCACCCACCACAAGCAUCACUGAAGAUCAUACCUCCUGGGUCGGAGAAAGCAGCACCAGGCAGCAGGGCAGGAAGGAGAAAGUGGCGAGUGAAAGCACCAGCGAGUAAAAACAAGGCACACGAGCCCCUCACUUCUCUUCUGUGUAGUCUCUCCAUCAUCAAUUCAAUUCUCUGUCCGAGUGGGCGAGCUGGUGGAGAGAGGUUUGUAAAGUCAAAGCUCACUCAAAAUCGAGAUAAUCCAGUUGAGCUGAGACAGUAGGCGAGCAGGAGCAUCAGUCGUCUCGUUGGGAAAAGUGAGACAGCGGAGAAAGCAACAGUUACUUUAACAGCCUUGCACUCCGUAUCCAACCAACUUUCUCCACUUCCAGUUUUAUUCCACUCCGACCUCUAAAUAAGUCAACAUAAUCCACUCGAAGAGAUCGGGUCCUAUUUUUUGACCAGCAAGGAAAUAGCAGGAAAAAUAAGACAAAGUUUCAACUUUUCGAACCGCUUAGCCGCAGCAGUCAGUAUAAAUAAACACGGAGGACAAAACACUGACAAUCGGGUCAUUUAAUUUGACUUUCACACACAACUUCCAUUGUCUGCACACACGAGAGAUUGGCGAGGAACGCAAGCUGCAAAAGUCGCAUUUUCGUGUCUCUGUCUCAUCUUCACUUUCUUGUUCGUAGAAUUCGAUACUUACUUCCCAUCUCCCUUCCCAAUUCUAGACCGAGAUAUACACAAAUAUCGCUCUGAUUGCCAGACCAUCAUCCCCAAAGAAGAAAACUUUGAUCUCUCUAAUCUCAACGCUGAGGAAUUCUUAAUUUCCCACAAUUCCCAAGUCGAAAACUCUUCAUUUCUUGUAAAAUGCGGAAUAAAAACCAAAAGAUGAUGAUCUUGGCUGACUUUCUUCUCCCCUUUCUCUGCUGUUGGACAUUGCUACCCAGUUCCUGUGAUAGCCUCCCAAUCCAAUCUCAGUCAGCUCCUUCCAUCUCAUUCAACACUCAUCAGUGGCAAUCUUUGGUGAGGGAUGCCAUCAAAUUUCUCCAGAAACACCAGCAACAGCAACAAGCAGACGCUGCUGGGGAGCAUAAAUCAAAAACCAGGUUCGUGGUGGACCCCUCUUUCACUGGCAGCAACAACAACAAUGGACCAACUGGUAACAAUGGUGGUGGGACAGGAAUGGUCAAACUGAGAAACAUCCGAAGUGGAUAUGGCGACAUCUCGGACGUCGUACGUCUGGUUCACCUGCACGAACUGGAAAAGGCGUGGGCCAGCAAGGCGAGACCAAGGUUCGGCAAGCGGGCGGAGGUGACCCAAGACAACUUUCUUCCACCCUACGCGUACAUGGUGCCAAGAGACGAUGAAUACGACCAGGAAGUUGUUUUAAGUGAUUCUAAGGUUCCAGCGCUGCCAGAUUAUCUACAGACCGUUGGUGACCGGAAAGGUGAACACGAUUCAUUCAUGAAAUACCCGGAGGACUAUUUGAUAUCUGGUGCAUAACUGGUUGCGAAAGAUUACGGAGGCAAAAAGUGACGUGCCAGCCUCAUUUCCUUGGUUUAUUCCAUCUUACCUUCUCCAUUGUAAAACCAACAACAACCAUUUACUAGUAACUGAAUGCCAUAUUAUAAUCAUACAACUAACGCCUACCAUCCAGAAAAAUGGCAAAUACCAUCGUGCAGAUGUUUAGAAUUGAUGACUGUAAUGUGAUUUGGGAAACGAACCUGCUUGACACACGUCUUAAAUUUCUCUAGUGUUUAAUCUACCAAAACCCUCGUAAUCUUAAGGACCUUUUAUUGUGUUUAGCUGUAUGCAUUUAAAUCUGGAUUCUUAAUGGGGUCAAUAAUGACCUUUUUUAUUCACCUCCCACGUCAACACUUCCCCACACACCCCCCAAAAACGUCUCUAAUUAAAUAGUAUUCUACGCAUAGAAAGGAGAUCCCAUACCCAUACACGUCACUUGCAAAUAAAAUACAAUAAAAAAUACAGCUUACACAACCCUAUCCUCACAAAAGCUGCUUGCUAAAAAUGAACCAGGCUGGAAAAUUGACUUAAUAUAUGUUUCUUAAGCAAAGUGAGCAAAUUGUUUGCCUAACCGAGAGGAAAUUGCAAUUCCAAAAUUAGAUCAGUUCUUUUAAAAACCAUUCUGCUUACAUAGUAAAAAUAAUAACAUGUGUAAUAUGUACAUAGAUAAUAGCAUUGGCCAAGAUUGGGGUAAAAAUAACUCUAAAUUUCUCCAAAUUUCGAUGAAUUUUGAUGAGCUAACAAUUGUAGCUUAAGUGUAUGUAGAUUCAACCCUGGUGGUGGUAUGCCUCAUGCCAUGACAGAUUCUUGAAAUUAAUUAGCAGACGUUGCUUUAGGAGUUCGAAUGCCCAUAUUGCAGCUUUUAACCCAUUAUCUGUAGAACAGGGAAUUUCUUCUUCAAGGGAAAAACAAAGGUUGCUAACAUUUCGCUGAGUGGUAAGUUUUUCUCCCGUGUUCAAGUUUCCUAAGUUGCAUUAGUACACAUUAUGUACAAGUAAAUACAUGCAUGUCCAUACACAGUUACAUACAAAAAAAGAACUUAAACAUUACAGUUUGUGUUACCACUACAGCUCUGUUUUGAAUCUGUGCAGGAGGCAAAGUAAUUAAAGUGUGAGAGGUUACACGUGCAUGGAAAGUUGGUGGUGGAGCAGAUUCGGAAUUGUGCUUAUUGUACUUUCUUCUCUGGUGAGUGGUGUUCACUUUCAAACACACGACCGGUACAUAAAUUUACAAUAGUUGACAAAUGUGACGAAUGUUGAAAACAAGA